AUGUGGCGCCCACCAAUCCUAGGGCUCUUGAAGACGGCCUUGCGAGGGUCGUCGCGACACAUGGCGGGAAGGAAGUUUCUGCACACUUUACGGGACGAGGAUUUGGAAGAUGAGGAGCAGUUGGCACGCCUCUUGGUGCAAGAUGUGAGUGCGCCACCAACACAAUCAACUGUUACGGCAUGGGUUAGCACCGGCGUAAUUGAGUCUCAGGAACUGGUGCGUGCGCAUCUGGAAGGCGGUGUUGAAGUAACUGCCGCGGAGGAUAACACAUUAGCUGACGCCAUGUUUGUAGAAGGGGAAUCUGCGGAGUCAUUGCCUAGCAGUUCGCCUAUCACUCCCACAAGGCGCGCAAACAAUCACCUCGCAAAGUAUUCGCACAUACGUCAGGCAAUUCACACGAAGCGGUUAAAGGACGGCGCAAGACUCGUGGGUGAGGCGGCACUAGAAUGGAUGUGUUGUGGUUGCCGCACCUACAACUUUAUCGGGCGCAGGACAUGCAGAUCCUGUAAACAGAGCAGUUUAGAAUCUUGUAAGCACAAUACAGCACCAGCACGGCACCUACCACUCUUUCCGGCCAUAUGGACGUGCCACUCCUGCGGGCAUAAUAACAACCCGUGCCCCGCCGAUGCAACGAACCGAAGCAAAUUUUCUUGUGAGAGCUGUGGUGACCCUUUCCCGGGGAUCAGAGAGUGGUAUUGUCCUUCAUGUUGCCAUAUCAACUCUCGCGGGUCCGUGCAGUGCGCCACGUGUUACGCCGACCGCCCUUUUCGUUGGUCUUGUUCCAGUUGCGGACACGACAAGAACUCAAUAUUCUUCACAGAGUGUCGAAACUGUCAUUCCGUCCGCCGGAGGCUCGUGUCCGACUCUACGGUUCUCUGUCCGAGCUGCCGCCAACGGAACGACGUGCAGUGGGAAAUGUGCUUCAUGUGCAUGACACCAUUGGGGAUGAUGAACAGUGUUCGGAAGUUGCAGUUAAAGGUUGAGAGUGGUCUCGCUCCAGAAGAUAAAAGUGCCGCAAACUCCGCAGUGGAGGAUGAAAAUUGCGCUCAAUCCAAUAAUCGAGGCGGAACACCGCCAACAACCAACGACGUGGCCGAGGAUGCUGGUGAAGGAAAGGUGGGACCGUCAGUUGAAUGCACCGGAGAAGCACAUGACGGGACCAAAGCGGAGAGUGAGCAGCACAAUAACCACCGGGAGCAAGUCCAGCUUUCCCUUGGAGAUGAGAAAAAUACCAGGGAUUCCGCUGUCAUGGAAGACUGUGCUGCAACUGCUGCUAGAGUUAAGGCUGCGGAGCGCGGCACCUGGUGGUGUACGGAAUGCAACGUUCUUCAACGACGCAACGUUGGUUUUUGUGAUAUAUGUCUGAAACCGAGGGUUGUUGUGGACUCUAGAGGGCCGCCAAAAUCCAUUGCUGCGGAUUCAUUGACAAGUGAGACAAAAGGCACAGCGUCUUGUUUGACCGAAACCGGGACUGUGCUGCCGAAUGAGGGGCAGUGCAAAACUGACCAAGCUACUGUGGGCGGAGGAAAACAUUUGGGUGGGGAUGGUGCUGAAGUAACGGAAACAAAGUUCUCUGACACAUUUAUCCCUUGCAGCGUCAACACUACCGAAACGGGCGAGUGGCGUUGUCCCUACUGCAGAAAUCUGCUGGGCGCGACGGUGACGUCUUGCUGUGGCGUAACCCGCGAGGCUCCUUUUGGCUACUGGCGGUGCAGUGCUUGCUGCAGCACCAAUAGGGAUGAACGCGCUCGCUGUUUGGGUUGUGGCGCAGCUCCGCAAGCGGUAAAACCAUGGCGUUGCUAUAUGUGCCGCAGGCGGAACGAAGCUGAUGUAUUUCAGUGUGAUUACUGUGGGAGCGCCCAUCCGCGGCAUUGGGUUUGUGGACAGUGCGGGUCGAAAUGCCAGCAGUCUGGUGACAGUCGCUGUUCGUCCUGCGGUUCCGUCAAGAAAAAACUUGAGGUUGUUGUUUGCCCACAUUGCUCAGUGCCAAACAACUUCCUUCGAAAGAGCUGUUUUCGCUGCCGGGCACGUUUGGUGUCGGAUGAUUGGCACUGUGAGAAGUGUGGCUACGGUCAGAAUGGAAAAAAUUCUCGCCGCUGCACCGGAUGUGGGGAACCACGGCGGUUCAAUAUGGACGAGAUUACGUGGGUGUGUGAUGUGUGCAGUACGGCUGUGGCUUCAGGUGGUGCGUUGAAGGAACGUAAGCAAUGCCCGCGGUGCAACUCGGACCGAACGGAGCGGAGUUUGGAGAUACCUAGCAGAUGGCAGUGCCGCAGUUGCGGUGUGGCAAAUGCCUAUUCGGUACCAGCUUGCUUGGAAUGCGGCAAUGCGCGUAGGUUGGGAAAUAUGCGCACGCAUACCAGCUGUCGCGCGUGCUUCCGGCUAACUUUUUUGGAUGAGAAAGAGCGCUGUGAACACUGUGGGGCGGUUAUGUCCGAGGUUAUCAAUGAUGUUGGCUCGCUCGUCUCCAGCUCAGGACUCCACCCCCUGGUGAGGGGCGCUGUCGAUUCCCUUUCUGUAGCCGAAGGAACAAGGGAAAACGGCUGCAUCUCGCCAACACCUGCCGGUGUUGGCCCCAGAGACGACUCAAUCAUCCCAGGAACGCUCUCCCCGUUUACCGCCACCGAUCACAGGGGUAGUGUAGUUGCCAACAUGAUCACAAAAGAUGUCUGUGGGGUUUCUUUUCAGCCAAUUGAUUCGAGUGUUUGUUGUUAUGGACCUAAAACACUUGGCACUUCUCAAGAGGAAGGAGAUACCGUGGAGUGCUUGUUGCAAUGCAGCGAGGAGGGCAGCGGCACUGAAACAUCUGCGCCAGAAAGCUGUCUAGUGAGUGAUGCCGAGGAAUGGUGUGCAGGGGAUUUGGGUUGUGAAGAACUUGACGAGACUGUGGAUGUCAUCAACGGUGAGUGGUGCGAAAGCAUCCCUUCUUGGAUUUGCAGUAACUGUGAAGCAAAGAAUCUUGACGAAGCCGAUGUUUGUGUUGAUUGUGGCAUUGCCAAAUGCGACAAAUAG